UGCUGAAGUACAAGAAAUGGAAAAUCUACCGACAAAUAGUCAGCAUCAUUCAAAGAGAUUACAAUUACACAAUGCAUUCUAUGCGCUUGUAAGCGUCGUCAGUCAAACUGGGCAAAUUGCAACCUUGCCUUUAUGGAUCGACUCGGGUCUACCGAGUAACGCUACGGUCUCUAACAGUACAGAUGGAUUUCGACCGUUCAUGGACGAAACUUUCGUUACAAUCUUCACAGGAUUCUUUCUUGUGGUAGUUUAUGGCGUAAUGCUGGCUGUCAAAGCUUUUAUCUCCGGCAAAAAUUGCCAAAGAUUUAAUUUCAAACUGAUUCCUUCAAGACAACUGGUAUUGACUAGUUUAUGUGGUUCUGUCGCUGCCAUUUUGACGAUGUUUUCUGCAAGUGGAAAAAGAACAGCACCUUAUCUUCAAUCAAUACUACUGAACAGUACUAUUCCUGCAACAGUUGUGCUAAGGUAUUGUAUUCUGAAAAAGUCACCAACCAGAAAAAAACUAAUUUGUGCCACAGUUACAGUUUUGUCACUAUUUGUGUGUCUUUUACCGUCCAUUGUUCCUAAAAUUGAUCCAAAGUCCAAUCAAGGCAAUGUGCAAGGUGGCGCCAAGGGAUUUGCUAAAGUCAUUUGGCCUUUGAUUUUCAUUAUCGCUUUUAUUUUCCAGGCCCUAACGUACAUUGCUUCAGAGAAAUUGCUUCAAUCUACAAGAAGCCUGACUGUAGUCAGUGUGUUGUUCUUAAUGCAGUGCUUGAUGUUUGUCUUYACGUURUCKUCRAUAUUUUUAGAUGCUCUUCCAUUUUUUGGAAAUGUAGAUAACUUGGCCAAAGUCGCUUUAAACUUGUCCUUUGGUGUACGUUGUUUCUUUGGUARCGGUGGUUGUUCGUUUUACCCAGCGCURUAUGGCACCCUUUUYCUUGUGUGCACUAGUGGUUUYGCGCUCGGAUCAUCGUGUCUUCUUCGCUACUCUGAAGGAGCCACUUACAUGGCAGUUGUACUG